AAUACCAUGCCUCUCGAGUUCAAUUCUGCAACUCUUCUCAGUUCUCUCUUUUCCAUGUUCUGCUUCCGCUUCCGCUUCCGCUUUCACCAUUGCUGUGUUUGCCACUUUGCCUCUGCUUCUGCUGUUCUCGCUUUAAGGUAGCUAAACGGUUUCAGGCAAUACUGAUAAUCAUAGAGUGGAGAAUUGUGUUUCGUGAAGUAUCAUCAGUUUUUAUGUUAAGAGAACAUAAUGUAUGCAACGAGCCGCUUCCAUCACGAGACGCUUACAAAUUUGAUAAUGUUGAAGAUGCUGUAGCUUUAUUUAAUUGCAUGGUUGAUAUGCAUCCGCAGCCAUCGAUUGUGGAAUUAACCAAAAUCUUGGGAAUGGUUGUAAAGAUGAAGUAUUAUGCCACGGCUAUUUAUCUUUAUACCCAGAUGGAGUCAAAGGGCAUCCUACCAUUUAGUGUUACUUUGAACAUCUUGAUCAAUUGUUAUGGCCAUGCAGGUCAGAUGGGUUUUGCACUCUCGGUAAUGAGCAAGUUUGUUAAGUGGGGAUUUAAGCCAAGUGCUGUAACUUUUACUACAAUAAUGAAGGGGUUGUGUCUUAAUGGUAAGAUUUCGGAUGCAUUCUACAUUUAUAAUAAAAUAGUUGCAAAAGGAUUUUGGUUUGAUGAAGUUAUGUACGGAACCUUAAUCAAUGGGCUGUGUAAGUCUGGAGAAACAAGACGUGCUCUCCAAAUGCUUUGGAAAAUGGAGGGUCAGUAUGUUAGGCCGAAUCUUGUAAUGUACAAUAUUGUUGUUGAUGGUUUGUGCAAAGAUGGACUUUUGAAUGAUGCACUGGGUUUGUAUUUUAAUAUGCUUGAUCGAGGAAUUUCCCCUGAUAUUGUCACUUACACUUCAUUAAUAUAUGGUUUCUGUCAUGUGGGCCAUUGGAAAGAAGCUAGAUUAUUGCUGAAUGAGAUUGUUGUUAAAGACAUCAGCCUAGAUGUGUAUACCUUUAACAUAAUAAUUGAUGCAUUAUGCAAAGAAGAGAUGCUAUUACAAGCCCACGUUAUGUGCGAUGUGAUGAUUCUAAGGGGUCAGCAACCAAACAUUAUUACUUACACAAUUUUGAUGAAUGGAUAUUGUUUGAACAAUGAAGUUGAUGAGGCAAGAAACUUAUUUGAUAUGGUAAUUGAAAGGGGUGUUGUGCCUGAUGUUUGGAGUUAUAACAUCUUGAUUAAAGGUUAUUGCAAGAUUAACAGAGUGGAUGAGGCCAGGAAUUUGAUGAAAGAUAUGUUUCGUAAGAACAUAGUUCCAGACAUUGUAACUUACAAUUCUCUAGUUGAUGGCUUGUGCAAAGCUGGUAGAAUCACGUCUGCAUGGAAGAUUGUUAAUGAAAUGCAUCAACCAUUCCCUGAUGUAAACACUUAUAAUAUCCUUUUAGAUUUCGUGUGCAAAAACCAGCAUCUUGAUGAGGCAAUUGCAUUAUUUAAAAGACUCAUCUUUGAAAGAAGUUUUGUUCCAAAUGUUUGGAGUUACAAUAUCUUGAUUAGUGGUUAUUGCAAGAAUAAAAGAUUAGAUGAAGCCAUGAAUCUUUUCCAAGGUAUGUGUAAGAAUUUGGAUCCAAAUAUUGAAACUUACAAUAUAUUGUUACACGCGUUAUGCGACAGGCAGCAACUGGGCAAGGCAAUUAUACUAUUAAACAAAAUUGUUGACGAUGAUAUUUGUCCUGAUUUGUACACAUACAAAAUACUUAUACAUGGUUUAUAGAACUCUGGAAGAGUAAAAGAAUGCAUAGAAGAUUUUUCAAUCAUUUUUUCAUCAGAGGAAAUCAUGCAAAUGUCAAAAACAUAAUCGAUCAUCUUUGUAAAGGUGGAUUAUCAGAAUAGGGAAGCCUUUGAUUUUACAAUGGGAAGACAAUUAAAACCUCUCUAAUGCUGUCACUUCUAGAGAAAAGAAAAAGGAUGAGGCACAAAGUUUUCUGGAAAUGAUCAUUAGAUGCAUGGCAAGCAAUAAGAUACCUAAGGAUUGGAAAAGUGGCAUAUAGUUCUUUCGACCACAGCAUUUUUGUUGAGGAGGCAGUGAUGGAGACUUUACCUGUGGUUUGGUCACUUCAAUUUUGUCUGAUAUACCAGGCACGACAAAGUACUCUGAUUCAUCCUUUAUGCUUUCCCUCGCAUCAUUGGUGCACAAACUGAGUACACAAGAGACAGAAACAACUUACUCCGGCAAAAGAAAUCC